AUGAACCUUUUAUCCCGAGGAAGUAAUAAAAUAUCACGACUUAUUCAAAAUUACUGUAAAGUAAAAGAAAUAGGUUCACAAAGACUUCGUUCUAAAACUGAUAUGGAGCUUAAAUAUCGAGAAGAUCCUGUUGUGAUAAAACUUGAUACACCAGAAUUUAAGAAUAUAUUUACUCAAGAAGUUUUGGAUCUUAUGAAUUUAUUUGAAAAAUAUCGUUAUGAAAUUCGAAUCGCUGGAGGAGCUGUAAGAGAUUUACUAAUGGGAAAACAACCAAAAGAUCUGGACUUUGCAACAACUGCAACACCACAAGAAUUAAAAGAAAUGUUUACUAAAGAAAAUAUAAGAAUGAUUAACAUGAGUGGUGAGAAGCAUGGCACUAUCACACCAAGAAUAAAUGAUAAGGAGAACUUUGAAGUUACUACUUUAAGAGUGGAUGUGAUCACUGAUGGAAGGCAUGCUGAGGUGAAGUUUACUAAAGAUUGGAAACUUGAUGCAAACAGGAGAGAUCUCACCAUAAAUUCUAUGUUUUUAGGUUUUGAUGGCUCUGUUUAUGAUUAUUUUUUUGGGUAUGACGAUUUAAAAAAUAAGCAAGUUGCUUUUGUUGGGGAUGCUGAUAUCAGGAUAAAGGAAGAUUAUCUGAGGAUAAUGCGGUAUUUUAGGUUCUAUGGUAGAAUAGCUGACAAACCAGACAAACAUGAUGAAAACACUCUCAAGAUUAUUAAAAAUAAUGCAAGUGGCUUGCAAAAUAUAUCAGGAGAAAGAAUUUGGAUGGAGCUAAAAAAGACACUACAAGGAAACUUUGCAGGAGAUUUACUUAAAACUAUGUUAAAUGUAGAUAUUGGAAAAUAUAUUGGAAUACCAAAUCCAAAUAUAGAAGAAUUGGACAAACUUUUGAAGCGAAGUCAGCAUUUGGAUCUUCAUCCAAUGAGUUAUUUGGCAGCUCUUCUAAAUGAUAUUGACGCUGUUACCGUAGUUCACAGCCGUCUCAAAUUCUCAGGGUAUGACAGAGAUAUGGCAUACUUUCUAGUGGAACACAGAGGUGAACACGAAGAAACAUCAACACGGCCUUUACUACCUUAUGAAAAAUUAAUACUGAAAACUAAAAUGAAGCAGAAAGAUGCAGUAGAAUAUACUCGAGAAUUGCUUAAAUAUAAAGGUGAUGAGACCCUUUUACAGCUUUUUGUCAAAUGGGAUAUACCAAGAUUCCCUAUGAAUGGUAAAAUCCUUAAAGACAAUGGAGUUCCACCUGGCAAAAUGUACGGGCCCAUUAUUAAUAAGUUAAAAGAUAUUUGGAUUGAAAAUGAGUAUAAACAGACAGCUGAAGAUCUGGUCAAAUUAAUUCCUAGCAUAAUAGAAGAAUUCGAAAGAUGA